AUGGCACGACAAAGGAAAGCCGACGCCGAGAAGCCCAGAGAUGGACCUGCCACCUUGACCAUUGACGUCGACAGCUUCGUCCGCACAAGAGACUCGGUAGUAACCGGCCUCGCCACCCUCCAAGACGCGAUCCAAACCCUCUCCUCCGCCUACAUCAAGCACACCAACGCCUACCUGGGCGACAACAGCGGCGUCGGGCUGGAAGUCGAAUCCGCCCUCUCGCGCCUGGGCGACAACCCCCUCCUCGCCGGCCUCUCCGGCUUCCGCGCCCCCACCCCCGCCGUCGCGGCCCCCGCCGCAGAUGCUAAGAAGGAGAAGAAGAAGCGCGUCCAUGACCCCAAUGCGCCCAAGCGCCCCUUGACGCCGUACUUUUUGUACAUGCAGACUGCGCGCCCGAUCAUCGCGGGGGAUCUGGGGCCGGAGGUCGCGAAGGGGGCGGUGAGCAAUGAGGGCGUGAGGAGGUGGAGGGAUAUGGAGGAUUAUGAUAAGAGCCUGUGGACGGGGGUCUACACGGAGAAUCUGCGCCUGUAUAAUGCGCGCACGCAUGCGUAUAAGUCGGGGAUUUUGGAGGCGAAGGAUAUGACGGAUGACCAGGCGAGGGCCUAUGCCGAUACGCAUAACAUCUCCACCGCCCCUGCGGAGAUCUCUGCGAACGACCAGCUGAACGCAGAGUCCCUCCUUGAUCUCCCCGCUGCGGACGCGGCGUCCUUGCCGUCCUCUCCGGAGGCGGCGGCGGCGAGGGCGACGCCGAAGGGGAAGGUGAGGGGGAAGAAGGUGGGCGGGAAGGUGCUUACGCCUGCGCCGGAGCCGGCGGCUAUUGUGCCCAGCAGUGCGGCGAAGGCGGGCAGCCCGGAUAAGAAGAGGAAGAGGCUUAGUAAGAGGGGGGAGGAGACUGCGGUGGCCGGGGGGGAGGAGGAUAAGGGGGGGAAGGGGAGGAAGAAGAAGGCGAGGGGAGAGUAG